CUCCGUGGCGCAAGUUGCUGCUCCAUAACUGCGGAGCAAAGAUGCUUCACGAGGUGAUCAUGAGCAGUUGUGGUUACUGUACAGUACUAAGCACACGCCUAAACCUAACGCUCCAUCAUCGAUUUGACCGCGUCAACAUCGGACUACUGCGCAGUCGUCUGCUCCGUCGUCGACCUGCUUAAAUCCUGAACCCCACCUCCUUCGAUCGUCGACACCCGCGGCAGAGUUCGCAAUUUGCCGCUCCGCAGACGUGACGACAACGGGCCCAUCGUCGAGAUCUUGACACUUGGGGUGCGAUUCUUUGCGAAAUGUCGCCUUUUUGCGCACCACGAAGCUGCCACAUGGCACGGCGUCGAGGUGUCGAGGUGCAAGGUGUGAUGCGCUGAUUGGCGACACCCAGUGUGUCGUCGUCGUCGUCGUCUGCCCGAGUAUGCGUGUAUCUCAGCGAUAUCAUGUAGACGAUCGGAAGGCGAGUGUGUUGUACAGACCCACUCAGCCGGUGGAUGGAGUGCCAGAUCUGUAGAGCUCGAGGGUGGUGACGGGUUGCUUGACUUACGGUGCUUCUCACGACCACCGCGCCUUUCGAUUACAGUUGGACCAACUUCACUCGUGGAUUUCGUUUCACACUCGCCCAUCGCAUCGUUCAGUCUGUAAUGAGUGCGCGUUCACUCGAAACGAUCGGUCUGACAACAACUACAGUAUUCGUGAUCUCGAUCGCUCCUCGCUUGUGCAAGUAGAAGCCUGGAAUCUUCGAGAGGAUAAAGAAUAUUUCCAUAUUUAUGAUAUGCGCUUUGAGAUCGACGUCGCGCCGGUAGAGAUUCAGCACAUGAGAGGAGAAUGGACUCAAUUCACUCCAAGUGGAUGCCAAAUCAAAAGAGGCGGAUCUUGACAGAUGGUGGAGCCGACGACGACGGAUAGCAUUUCCACGGCUUCGACUGGGCCAUUGCGAUUUGAAAUCGUCAGAAAGUAAAUCUCAGAAUAUAAGAAAUAUGAGCAACGACGAGACCUGUGAUGACGCUGACAGCACCACGACCAUAUUUUCCACUUCCAGCCAAGGAUCAGCAUUGUCCUUAAUUUCGAGAAAUAGUGCAGAGCUAUUGAAGCUGAAGCAAGAGAUUGACACCAACAUGCAGGAUCCGAGGACAGAGGCGCUUGCACUCGUUAACAAUCUUCUGGAGCAAAGACAAACCGCUGUACGCUUGCUUGAAGAUAUUUCAAAUCGACCUACUCCAGAACCAUAUGUGGCUCCGGCACUAAGGACUCCGCAGUCCUUAGUGCAAGAAGAGAGUACCGAACCAGUAGCAGAAGAAGAGGAGAUGAAACCUGAGGAAUCAAGCAUUCAAAUGAGCUCCAAGGAGUUUUUCCGCAGGAUAAGGCAGCGGUUAAGCAAGAAAGAGUUCAAGGCGUUCGUACGGAACAUGAAGGAGCUUAAUACCCUUCGAGAAGAACGAGUGAGGAGAAAAUACGUUUCGAUCAUGCAUCCGUUGCCUUUCAGUUGCUGGCCAAAAAUCCAGAUAGACCCUGGAGACUGGGAAAAUGUUGUAGCAACUUCUUAACUUGUACUCCAAAGACACUAUUGUACUAUAGUCAUUGAUCGAUGAGCAUUGCCAAUGUCGAUGAAGCAGAUUCUAGAGUUGAAAGAAGUUAUUUGGAUUCUUCAUCACUGGUUUACUUCCCUCUUAAACAUGGUCUUCGAAUGGCUCUCCUUUGUAUAGAUCAAAUGCGUAUUAUGAUAAGUGUACAGUCCACCCAACCGAUUCAGCAAUUUAAUACUCAAAAUUAAUAAAGGAAUCAGAAACAGAAGAUUAUAUACUGAU